GAUGGUUUCAGUUUCUCUGUAUCUGGCUUUAGAUACAGCUGCAGACGGCUGAGGCUUGAGAGUCAGAGAGGAGGUGUGGAGGAAGUGUCAUCCCUGGACGAGGAAAUAUAAGCUUGUGGCUUGAAGGAUUCACUGGAAGAAAGGUCAUGUUUAGUUUCCAUAAACCAAAGAUCUAUCGUUCUAUUAAUGGGUGCUGUAUAUGUAAAGCCAAAUCGUCAAGCUCAAGAUUUACUGAUAGCAAAAAAUACGAACCUGAAUUUGAGAAAUGUUUUCGAAUAAGCGAAAAACGAUCUGGUGAAAUUUGCAAUGCAUGUGUUUUGUUGGUAAAGAGAUGGAAAAAAUUGCCAGUUGGAACUAACCGAGAUUGGCAUCAUGUGGUUGAUGCCAGAGCUGGACCCGGGACAAAAUGUACAAGCAAGAACAAAAUAAAAAAUGAAAGGAAGCCAGCAAAGAAACUCCGAUUAAGACUAUGUAGAAGCAAACAUACAAAAAAUGAAGUUUUGUCUGAUGAUGUUGCUGGCAAUGAAGAUAGUUUAAGUGAAUCCUCAAGCCUCUCAGUGCCACUUAGUCGAGUGCCAAGUCCCUCUCCAAGCAACUCCUCUGAUGAUUCGACCAUUCUUGAAGAACCUGAAGAUGAUAUGGACCAAGAAAUUGUUAUCAAGAAGCAAAGGAACAAGACAAAUGGAAACAAGAUUCGAAAACAUCGUAAACCAUCAUGUAAUAUUCAUAAGAAAUCUUCAUUUUUGGAUAUGACAUUUUGGAGAGAGGAAAGGAUUUGUUGUGGAGUAAUUUUUCGGGGACCCCAUGGAGAGGCACUUAUUUAUCCUAAGCUGCUCCGUCCAUGCCACUGCCGAAGAAACGGCGAUUCUACGAAGCGCUUCAUGUCACAGCAAGAUGGUAGCUCAUUUCUAUCUAAUGCAACCAACACUGCCACACAUGUUGCCUGCUCAGCAGGGCGAAACCAAUUUCCUAAUGGAAUAAGUGCUUAACGACUAUCCAACUUAGGAAUCUAAAGUUUUUGUUCCUCAUUCUCGUUUGGUUGUUUAUUUUAAUUAUUUAUUUACAUACAUCAAUCUUCUUUGGUUAUCAAAUAAACCAUCACUGCCUUUAUUUUUUAAUGCAGAUAAAUGUGCUUCCAUUUUUAAAUGAGAAGAUAAAGUGUAUUUUGUUUUGUUUGUUUGU